CCGCCGAGAGCGGCCCCAAGGAGGGCACGGCCACCUUCUGCCUGGAGACCAGCGACCGCAGCUACCUCUUCGCCGCCCAGAAGCAGCAGAGCACCGAGUGGGUGGGGAAGCUGUGCGAGAUCGCCUUCGGGGGCAAUGCGGGCGGCGAGGGCCGGCUGCCGGGUGGGCGCAGUGCGGAGGGCAGCGCCGCAGCGCCUGCCCUGGAGAUGGCCGUGAACUCCAUCUACUACUCACGGGACGAAGUGAACAGCUUCUGGGUGACGGUGCAGAGGACGGAGGCGGCCGAGCGCUGUGGGCUGUAUGGGACCUACCAGCUGCAGGCGGAGCGCGACGGCCUGGCACUCCGCGACCCCCAGACGAAGGAGACGCUCUACGUGUGGCCCUACCGGCUGCUCCGGAGAUACGGGCGCGACAAGGUGAUGUUCUCCUUUGAAGCUGGGCGGCGCUGCAGCUCCGGCCCCGGGAACUUCACCUUCGAGACCAAGCAGGGGAACGAGAUCUUCCGUCUGGUGGAGGCGUCCAUCCGGGAGCAGAAGACGCUGGCGGAGGAGCACCGGCAGAGCUGUGACUCGCUGGACGCGGACUGCCCCAGCGUCAUGCAGAUCCGCAGCACCCUGGCCGACUCGCUCAGCCUCGACCUCCCGGCCGAGGGCGACGGCCCUGCAGGCCCCAAGGCCGGGCUGCCUCCCCGGCUCAGCGCUGCUCCAGAGGAGAGGGACGCCCUGAGCCUGCUGAAGACCCGGAGCCUCCCGGAGCCCCCGACACCGCAGAGCAAGCCUGCGCCUACCAGCACACCCCCGCGCUCCCCGCUGCCCAAGGUGCCCCGGCCCGUGCUGCCCUCCGAGGACAUGUCCAGCCUGUAUUCGGAGCCCCUGGACUCGGUGAAGUGCCCGCGGCCCUGGCUGGACCCGCUGUACUCAGACCCCAUUGACAGCAAACUGGGGGCUGUGGCCAAGGGUCCAGGCCCAGCCCCUUUGUCCUCGGCCAUGUAUGACCCGGUGCGGCCUGAGGGCAGCGCGCCGGAGCCGGGGCCAGGCUCAAGGCUAGGGCCGGCCCCACGCCGCAAGGAGCACAUCUAUGACGAACCCGAGGGGCGGGCGCCACGACCUCCACCCGACGCCAUCUGCAUCUACGAUGAGGCACGGCUGCUGGGCGAGGCCUGGCGCACGCAGGGCCUGGACGACCGGGAUGGCUAUGAGUUCCCCUACAACCCCAACUCCGACUACUCGGUGCCGCCCAUCCAGCCCAAGGCAGGUGCCAAGGGCCCCAAGCCCAUCCCUGCACCCAAGCCCCAGGCUGCCCUCAUCCCCAAGGCCCUCGAGAAGGGCACGGACGCCAGCCGCAGGCGUGUGGCCCCUGCUCCCGACAGGGCCAGCAACCGCCCCGGCCUCAACAGCAGCAACAACAACAACAAGGAGGUGCUGUACAGCCAGGUGCUGAAGCCCCCGCGCAGGCUGCGCCCGGAGCUGUGCGUGGAUGACGACAGCCUGACGCCCAUGUACGAGGACCUGGGGGAGAUCUGACCAGCCGUGGAGCUGGGCCGGCUGUGCCCCCGUGGGGGGGCUGGGGUCCGAACUGAGGGGCUGGGUGGGCACCAGCUUGGAGAGCUGUUGCGGGGCGGGGACAGGAUGGGGAAGCUGGUUGCUCAGCUCCUGGUGCCCUGGUCGGGGCUGUCUUGAGACCCCUCCAGUGCUUGGACUUGGACUUGGACGUGGGCGGUUUCUCCCCCACAGUAUUUUUAUAAAGUUUUAUUUUGGUAUUAAAGUAUAACUUUUCAGGCUGGCGGGUCCGUGUAGGG